AGCUGUCAUUAUGAAAUAUAAACAGAGAAAUCAAUAUUUAUUCAUUUGGUUCUUCCUGAAUUAAAUUCAGUUUAGUACAUGUUGGAAGAUGGCUCCACCUCGAAAGAGAGUGACCGGCGAUAGAAAGAAAAAUGCUGACAAUGCUACGACCGGUAAGCCAAAACAAACUAUCAGUGACUCAAGUGAGUCACCUUCAUCAUAUCUCAGAUGGGGAGUUUUUCUUUUUGUAUUGGCCGUGGCAGUAAUUGUGGCUGUGUAUAUAUUUAGAGUCAAGCAAACGGAUUCAAACUUACGUGUACAAGAAAAUUCUAAGUCACAAACUGUCGAAACAGAGAGAAAGCCAUCUGAAAAGGUAAAAAAGAAAACUAAAAAAGCAUCUCCAUCAGAUUCAUCGGCAGCCAUAACUAACCGCUUUGAUAAAUCCAUUGCCAAAGAACUCAGCAAAGCACAGAGUAUCUUGGACAAGGGUCAGAUUGUAGAUGCUGUGCAUAAGUUUGAGACCUUGGCUAAUAAAUAUCCCAAGAGUCCAAGGGCCAUGUAUGGAAAAGCGCAGUCCUUAGAUAAGUUGUCAGAACUCAAGCAGAGCAAUGAGAUUCUUCAACAAUGUAUAGACGCUUAUGGCAGAGUACCUGAAAUGCCAGAUUGCCCUACUGAGCUGAAACGCAGGGCCGUACAACGUCAGGCUGACCGGCUUAGCUUUCUGGGCAAGGCAGGACAAGCAGCACAGGUGUUAAAGAGGCUGCUGAAUGAGUUGCCAGGUGACAUAAAGAUCAUGAAUGAUCUAGGUGUGCAGUAUUUGCUAUCAGGGAGGAAUAGGGAAGCUGAGAAUAUCUAUAGCCAGGUAGUAAACAUGAAUCCAAGAAAUGGUUUUGCCAAGUCACACCUGGGUUUCAUUCUGAAAGCUGAUCAUUUGCGUUAUACUGAAGCUAUUCCUCUUCUACGUGAUGGCAUCUCUAGCGGCGAGCCUGGGGCUGAUGACGGUAGAUUUUAUUUUCAUUUGGGAGAUGCACUGACAAGGGUUGGAAAACCAGAUGAGGCUUACAAGGUAUAUGAGGAGGCUGCAGAAAAAGGAAUAUUUUUAUCUGCAUUGCAACGGUCCUUGUACAAUGCUGACACUCCCUUGAGAGCACAUCCAUGGUGGACCCCAGAGGAAACUGGAUAUGAAAGAGCUAUUCGAAAACUUGAAUCCAACUGGCAAGUGAUCAGAGAUGAAGGAUUAUCAGUACUUGACAAAAAGUCUGGAGGGUUUAUAUCAGAAGAGGAGAAUCUUAGAGAGCAAGGGGACUGGAAGCAGUUUACUCUGUAUCAACGUGGCCGAAAGAGUGAAGCAGCUUGUCAGAAAACACCACAGACUUGCGCCAUCAUCGAUACAAUGAGAGAUGCUACAGGCUGCAAGAGGGGGCAGAUCAAGUAUUCCGUGAUGCUUCCUGGCACUCAUGUUUGGCCUCAUACUGGUCCUACAAACUGCCGUUUACGACUUCACCUUGGACUGGUCAUUCCUAAAAAUGUCGCCAUAAGGGUUGGACGUGAAACAAGAACUUGGGAAGAAGGCAAAGCAAUAAUCAUUGAUGACUCAUUUGACCAUGAAGUUUGGCACAAUGGUUCAACCUUUAGACUUAUUUUAAUUGUGGACUUUUGGCACCCAGACUUGACACCUCGACAAAGAGCGUCAUUGUCUCCCAUCUAAUGAGCUUAAUUUUUAAAAUUUAGAGUGCAUGCAUGUGGAGGGGUGACCUUGAAUAGAAUGGUUGACUGUGUCUUAAGCCAGUUCAGUGCUGCAAUGACCUUUAUGUCAUGUUUUUAGCCAGUUUAUACUUUUAAAUAAAUUGUUGUAUUAUAGCUACAGUUUAAGAAAGAUCUCAGUAUCUCAGUAUCUCACAGUAUCUCAAUUAUGUAAAAUUGUGGUUGUGAAGAUUUUAAAUGAAGAUUCUAAUAGAUAUAAUUAAAUUUUUGAUAUCUUAUUUCUGCACAGUUGCUAUUAUUGCCACAAACAUGUCUGGAACAGAAAACCAGUCAUAGUCUUAAGUUUGAAUAGUUCAGAGAUUUCAGUUUCUGUUUUACAUGUUUGUCUUUAAGCUUGUACAUUCAAGAUUAGAGCUUUUUACAUAUUUUACACCCAUUUUAAAACUAAGGUGUCCUAGAGAUGGGUUAUCAGCAGCUACAGGGUCCCUCAUCUGCAGUUUCAUAAGCUGGACAGGUUAAUUUGAGUCAGUCCUGAAGAAGCUGUCUGGUUUUGCCCAGAUUACAAUUUAAUUAGAAAUUUUCAAAACUUUAGACAAGCUCAGCAAAGGUACUAUAAUAACAUGCUUGUCAACUGAGUUAGGUCUGAUUUUACAGGAUAAUACAUGUAUUUUGCUCUUGGUCAGGAUACAUUAACCCUCUGAUUUCCCAUCUGCCUGUCCCACUUAAAUUGUACUUUGUAACUUGGGAAAUUGGAAAUUUUAAGGCAAGGGGCUCUUUAAUGCAAUUCAAAGGAGUUACAUUACCUGCAAAAAAUUUCAGGUGUUUAAAUUUCAGAGACUUAAAAAUUUCAGAAUUAUAUUAUCAGGCCCUUUUUUGCCCGAAAAUAAAAUCAUCCCAGAUUUUUUGCAAGUAAUGUAUACCACUAUAUAUUGAGACAAUUUUUAUAUACCGUAUUAUUAUCCUCAAACAGAAAAUAUUGUAGUGGUCCAGUUUUGAGUUAAUGAUAGAAGACAGAGCUGUGCAGUGUUAGUCUUGAUCUGAACUAAAAUAUUCAGAUACCAGUUGUCAUGAGUAAGAAGAUUAAUAGCUGCUUGCAGCUUUGUUCAUAAUUUGGUUUAUCUUUUGCUUUUCUGCUGGUAUUUGGGAAUAUUUUACAUCAGAUAUUUGCAAGAUUUGUUAAACAUUCAGUCUUAGAGUGGUUCUUAGCCCGCAUUACUGCACUCAUUGUAUACCAAAGUGGUUUUAUGGUGUAGGAAACGAAGUGUGGAUGAUUUUAAUUUCUACUGUAUUAAAGGUGGUACUAAUUUUGUGAAGGAUCA